AGACAGUUCUGAAUUCGCUUUUCUGACAUCUAGCUCGAAACUGUUGCUUCUGAUGAGAGUGGAACUGCCACGGCAAAGACGUUUACAAAGUGUGCUGGUGGUUGCUCACAAUAGGACUAUAUAUGGAUGCGGUGCUAAACGUACUUGGCAUAGACCUGGUGGAGGCGGAACUAUAGCUUGUGUUAUCAUCGGCGCAGAAAGAACAGACUGCAGCCAUCUAAAUCCAUCCAAAUUACCGUGGUCGGUAACUUUCAAGAGAAGCUCUGGCAACACAUAAACAGUACCAUUCCUGUCUCUUUUUUCACCUGAGGGCAGUAGCGGACCGAGAAGGGGGGGGGAUGCACCUUUCUUCCCAGAAUGGGUAGCGACUUUUGAAAGUUAAUUACUGAGUUAUAAAGAUUCUGAGUAAUCUAUUCAUACUUGUAAAACAAAAGUAGACUUCAAGUUCCUAAAAAUUCAAACUAGCCUUGUGAAAAAUAAAUCUCGGGCUUAUGGAAGAAAUG